AUGACGACCUCGGCGCUGGGGAUCGACCUGGCCCGGCGGCGCGCCAGUCUGGAGAAGCGGCAGACCACGCUGCUGCCGGACUUGACCGACCACCCGGCGCUGGGUCGGCUCAACCUGCGCUUCUGCGGCAGCGGCUCCGAGUCACAGAUCAGCCGCGGCCCACUCGGCUGCGGCUUCCCCGUCGUGGGUGACCACCCGUGGCUGGUGGCGCUCGGCUUCACAGGACCCGACGGUCGCGUCGUCUUCUCGUGCUCGGGCGCGCUCAUCAGCGACCAGCACGUGGUCACGUCGGCCCGCUGCGCCCUCGGUACCCGUCGCUUCGUACUUACCACUGCCAGACUGGGAGAAUACGACUUCAGCACCCGGCAAGACUGUCUUUGGUACGACCCGACCGUGUGCACCGAGGCCAAGGAAGUGGCCGUCCACGCGUUCACCGUGCACCCAGACUUUGUCAACAACGGCGGUGACCCGAGCCGCUUAGACGUGGCGCUGGUGCAGCUGUCGAACCGCCAGCGCAGCAACACCACGCAUGUGAUGGACGAAGAGAAGCUAGCCUUGUUCAACACCAGCUACGAUGGCCCGGGGCCGUGCCAGUACCGGCUGCUGUCGGAGGCGGACGGCGAGCCAGACCGCUGUCUGGGCUCGGGUGCGCCGUGCAUGGCCGACCUAGGCGCGCCCCUGGUGGCCCCAGACCAGUUCGGCUCGGCUUACUUCCUGAUGGGUGUGGCCAGCAUGCGGCCAGCGCAGAAAGAGUGUCGCCGGCCGGGCGUGUCGGUGUCAUACGCGCCCGUGCGGCCGCACGUCCGCUGGAUCCUGGAUAGUCUGGCCAUGCUGGCCUCUGUUUGA